AUGCCUGGGAUGGUUUUGCUGUCUUACCCCCUGCUGGGGCUAUCCCUGCUGACUGUGCUGGCGGCUGCCCUGCUGGUGGCCAUCCUGCAUUUCUGGCAGGGUGCUCCAGCACGGACAAAGAUCCCCAAGGCACAGAAGCGUAGGGAGAUAGCGCUGCAGCAGAUGGCAGCUUUGGCACAGCGUCUCCGGGAGCAGGAACCAGGCCUGGACCCCAAGCCCAUCCUGGAGCUGCCCCUGGUGAAGCUGGCCCAGAAAUUGCAGGCAGAAGAGCUGAGUCUGGAGAGCGUCCUCUGUAGCUAUUUAGAGGAGGCACUGAAGGUGCACCAGGAGGUGAACUGCCUGACGGAUUUCCUGGGGGAAUGUGAGAAGGAACUGCAGGCAUUGAAGAAGCUCAAGAAGAGUGAGAGAGGGCUUCUCUAUGGGGUCCCCAUCAGCCUCAAGGACCCUUAUGACUGCCUGGGCCAUGAUUCUACGUGCGGCUUGGCCCAGUUCCUGGAGAAGCCAGCAGCUGAGGACGGGGUCAUUGUGAAAGUGCUGAAGGCCCAGGGAGCUAUUCCCUUCGUUAAGACCAACAUCCCCCAGACACUGCUCAGGUCUUUGAAGUGCUCUGAAUGCAGCAACCCCAUCUAUGGGCAGACUCUGAACCCUUUGAACUUGAAGAAGAGCCCUGGAGGGUCCUCAGGGGGUGAAGGAGCUCUUCUGGCAGCAAAGGGUUCCAUCCUGGGCAUGGGCAGUGACACAGGUGGCAGCAUCCGCAUACCAGCCAGCUUUUGUGGUGUCUAUGGCCUCCGAACCACAGGAAACCGCCUCAGGUACUCAGUGGUGGUGUUGGAGGAGGUGAGCACCGUGGCUGGCCCCAUGGCCCAGGAUGUGGACAGCUUGGUGUUGAGCAUGCGAGCCCUGCUGAGCAAGGACAUGCACCAGCUGGACCCCACUGUGCCUUUCAUGCCCUUCAGGGAGGAGGUAUACUCCAGUAACCGGCCACUUCGGAUUGGCUACUAUGAAUCAGAUGGAUACACUGAACCAUCUCCUAGCAUGGCCAGGGCUGUGAGGCUCACCUGCAGGCUGCUCCAGGAUGCAGGACAUGAGGUCAUCCCCUUCUCUAUCCCCCGGAUAGAGUAUGCGGUACAUCUGUACCGAGCGGGUGUGUAUGCCGAUGGAGGGGCCACUCUCAUCCAGAAGCUUGAGGGAGACAUUGUGGACCCCUCCAUGAAGAUGGUGGUCAGCAUACUCCGCCUGCCAAACCCAGUGAAGAGCAUCUUGGCAUGGAUCCUGAAGAACACAGAAUAUCAGCAAGAGUUCAUAGCCAAGUGGAAGUCCUUGGACCUGGAUGUGCUGCUGGCACCAUCUCUGGACCCUGCCUUCUAUAUAGGCUAUGGCUCCAAAGCAAUAGAGAGCAUCUCUUACACCGCCCUGUACAACCUGCUGAACUUCCCUGUUGGUGUGGUGCCUGUCACCACCGUGACACUGCAGGACGAGGAGGAACAGGCCUUCUACAAGGGAUACUACGGAGAUAGUAAUGACAGAAAUUUCGCAGAGGCGAUAAAAGGAUCCCUGGGACUUCCAGUGGCUGUGCAGUGCAUCGCUUUGCCAUGGGAAGAAGAGCUGUGUCUUCGGUUCAUGAAGGAGGUCGAGACCAUGACCAAGAACCAGAGGGAACCCAAAUGA